UGUAAUGAUCUUGGUCGUUGUCUGGUCGACUAAAAACUCUUGUAACCCCCCUGCUCAGUCAUCUCGGUCGUCGUAGUCUUCUUCCAAACAAUGGACGCCGAACACAAGUCACUCACACUCAUUGCCAUGACCCACACUCAAUCCACGAAGGCCGACCAGGCCCUUCCGACGACCACAACUGCCAUCGCAGCCGACCCGACCCUGGGAUACAAGCUCCGGGUGCUCCUACACGACCUCCGCAACAUCUCGCCCAAGGGGUCCGGCUCUGCGAAGCGCCUCGGCCAAACCACCAAUCAUUUCUACCUCAGCCUACCCUACUUCACACCCCAGGAAGCGGGGUGUCUCAAGAAUGCCGUGAUAGACCGGCAUGAGAUCCCUGCUUAUUCGUUCUCCAUGCACAUAGUGAGCGGGAGCGACAUGAAUGACCACGACCACCCUUCUUGGCAGCCGGGGAGGGAGAUUCUACGGGGCAUGGUGGUCGAGGAUGCAAUUAAUGUGAGACUGGGCCACGGCUUGGUCAAGAGAAAAUCCAGUGGCGACUCAAGAUCGUGUCCGCCGUAUGACUUAGCGCCCCUGUACGAGAUGGUGUUCGGCAUCAAGAGGGGCGAGCUGGAAGACGAGGAGUUUCUGGGCAGGCUGGGGCACUCAGGCCUUGCGUCUUUGUAG